AUGGCCAGCUCCGCGCAGCCCCCGGCGGCGGCGGGGGGCGGCGGCCCCGACGGCGGGUCGCUGGCGGGGGGCGGCGAGACCUUCGGGGACCGCUCCCUCAGCCAGGGCCUGAGCGUGCUGGUGGGGCUGGGGCUCUGCGUGACCAUGCUGGGGCUGGGCUGCGCCGUGGAGUUGGGGCAGCUGGGGCAGCAGCUCCGGCGGCCCGUAGGGCUGCUGCUGGCGCUGCUGGGACAAUUCGUGGCCAUGCCGCUGCUGGCCUUCCUCCUCGCCCUCAUGUUCGCCCUGGACGAGGUGGCGGCCGUGGCUGUACUGCUGUGCGGCUGCUGCCCCGGAGGCAACCUCUCCAACCUCAUGUCGGUGCUCGUCGACGGGGAUAUGAAUCUGAGCAUUAUCAUGACGGCCUCCUCCACGUUGUUGGCCCUAUUCCUGAUGCCCCUCUGCCUCUGGAUCUACAGCCGCCACUGGAUCAACACGGCCGUGGUGCAGCUGCUGCCCCUGGGGGCGGUAAGCCUGACGCUGGGCAGCACCCUGCUGCCCAUCGGCCUGGGGGUGCUCAUCCGCUACCGGCACCCCCGCGCCGCCGACCUCCUGGUCAAGAUUUCCCUGUGGUCCCUCUUGGUGACUCUGGUGGUCCUGUUCAUCCUGACUGGGACUAUGCUGGGCCCAGAUCUGUUGGCACAGAUUCCUGCAUCUGUCUACGCCAUUGCAGUGCUGAUGCCUCUGGCAGGGUACGCCUUGGGAUAUGGCUUAGCCACGGUCUUUAAAAUGCCCCCACACUGCAGGAGAACAGUAUCUUUGGAAACAGGGUGCCAAAAUGUCCAGCUCUGCACUGCCAUCCUAAAACUCACCUUCUCCCCGGAGCUCAUAGGGAGCAUGUACAUGUUUCCCUUGCUUUAUGCGCUUUUUCAGUCAGCAGAAGCGGGACUGUUUGUGCUGGCAUAUAAAAUGUAUGGAAGAGACAGCUACAAGCAAGAUACACUUGGUGAAGAGGAAGACACAGAUAUUUCCUACAAGAAACUGAAGGAAGAGGAGGUAGCUGAUACUUCAUAUGGCACAGUGACUACAGAGGAGCACAAUUCCAUUCAGAUGGAGCCGACUCAGACGGCGCUUUAGGCAGGACAAAGAGGUAACUCCCCCAGACAUGAAUGUGUGUUGUGCUUGCAAGCAGGCAGGGGCUGUGCUCGCUGCUGGGCAAGCGGAGCUGCCCAGCCUCUGUCAUUUCUCCAGCUGCUCCAUUGUACAAGGUGAUAUGUGUUUAUUACUGUGACAGUUCUACUUCCUCAAAAGUAAAUGUGGGAAAAACAAAACAAAACAAAAAACCCAAACAAAAACAAACAAACAAAAAUUCCCAAACAAACAAACAAAAAACCACCAACAACAAAAAAAACCCCAACCCUCCAUCACUGCGACACAAACUAGUAACUGUAAAACUUCACGCAAGGAGACUGCUGCCUGGCUGAGUGUGGCAGGAAUGGGUAGAAGGAAUAGAAAGAAGAAACAGUGUUCUACAGAGUCAACUCCGUAUCAUUUCAGAUGACAGGAAAAACCACAUCGUGUGUGUAUCUCAUUGCCUCCCACCUGCUGUAAAAGGUUCUCUCGUUGUUCUCACCGCAAAUACAUGGCGAAGCCGAACCAAA